UCUGCUGACUCCCCUCUGCGUUAAUCAUUUAAACCCCUGGCCUUGUUCUGGAGUGUAAGAGAGGGUAACGGGCUCCUUCAGGACCGUGUGCUGGAAGGACAGAUUCCCCUUGCCGACCCACGUACACCAUGAAGAGGUGCAAAUCGGACGAGCUGCAGCAACAGUCAGGCGAGGAGGAUGGAGCGGGGCUGGAAGACGCCGCUUGCCACCUGCCGGGCCAGGACCUCCGCCCUGGGGAGGGCGCGGGUGCGAACUCUGCUGGAGGGCCAACUUCAGAUGCGGGUGCUGCGGCGGCGCCCAACCCCGGACACCGGAGCAAGCCUCCUGAUUUAAAGAAAAUCCAGCAGCUCUCGGAGGGCUCCAUGUUUGGCCACGGCCUGAAGCACCUGUUCCACAGCCGCCGGCGCUCGCGGGAGAGGGAGCAGCAGGCGACUCAGGACAGCCAGCAGUCGCACCACCAGGGCAUGUCUGACCAUGACUCCCCCGACGAGAAGGAGCGCUCCCCGGAGAUGCACCGCGUCUCCUACGCCAUGUCCCUGCACGACCUGCCCGCCCGGCCCACCGCCUUCAACCGUGUGCUGCAGCAGAUCCGCUCCCGGCCCUCCAUCAAGCGGGGCGCCAGCCUGCACAGCAGCAGCGGGGGCGGCAGCCGUCGCACCAAGAGCAGCUCACUGGAGCCCCAGCGGGGCAGCCCCCACCUGCUGCGCAAGGCCCCGCAGGACAGCAGCCUGGCGGCCAUCCUGCACCAGCACCAGGGCCGGCCCCGCUCCUCGUCCACCACUGACACGGCCCUGCUGCUGGCUGACAGUGGCAACGUGUACCUCCUGGCCGAGGAGGCCGAGGGCAUCGGAGACAAGGUCGACAAGGGGGACCUUGUGGCCCUGAGCCUCCCUGGUGGCCCCGGCCAUGGUGACAGCGAUGGCCCCAUCAGCUUGGACGUGCCGGAUGGGGCACCAGACCCCCAGCGGACCAGGGCCGCCAUCGACCACCUGCAUCAGAAGAUCCUGAAGAUCACAGAGCAGAUUAAGAUCGAGCAGGAGGCGCGCGACGACAACGUGGCCGAGUACCUGAAGCUGGCCAACAACGCAGACAAGCAGCAGGUGUCGCGCAUCAAGCAGGUGUUUGAAAAGAAGAACCAGAAGUCGGCGCAGACCAUUGCGCAGCUGCACAAGAAGCUGGAGCACUACCGCAGGCGCCUGAAGGAGAUCGAGCAGAAUGGGCCCUCACGGCAGCCCAAGGACGUCCUCCGAGACAUGCAGCAGGGCCUCAAGGACGUGGGCGCCAACAUGCGCGCGGGCAUCAGCGGCUUCGGCGGCGGCGUGGUGGAGGGCGUCAAGGGCAGCCUCUCGGGCCUCUCGCAGGCCACACACACCGCCGUGGUGUCCAAGCCCCGGGAGUUCGCCAGCCUCAUCCGCAACAAGUUCGGCAGCGCGGACAACAUCACGCACCUGAAGGACCCUCUGGAGGACGGGCCCCCCGAGGAGGCGGCCCGCGCGCUGAGUGGCAGCGCCACCCUGGUGUCCAGCCCCAAGUACGGCAGCGACGAUGAGUGUUCCAGCGCCAGCGCCAGCUCGGCCGGGGCGGGCAGCAACUCCGGGGCGGGGCUGGCUGGCGUGCUGGGGAGCCCUAAGUCCAACACGCUGUACUGCCCGCCUGGGAACCUGGACACUCUGCUGGAGGAGUUGCGGGAGAUCAAGGAGGGGCAGUCGCACCUGGAGGACUCCAUGGAGGAUCUGAAGGCUCAGCUGCAGAGAGACUAUACCUACAUGACCCAGUGUCUGCAGGAGGAGCGCUACAGGUACGAGCGACUGGAGGAGCAGCUGAAUGACCUCACUGAACUGCACCAGAACGAGAUGACCAACCUGAAGCAGGAGCUGGCCAGCAUGGAAGAGAAGGUGGCCUACCAGUCCUAUGAGAGAGCUCGGGACAUCCAGGAGGCCGUGGAGUCCUGCCUGACCCGCAUUACCAAGCUGGAGCUGCAGCAGCAGCAGCAGCAGGUGGUGCAGCUGGAGGGCGUGGAGAACGCCAACGCCCGGGCUCUGCUGGGCAAGUUCAUCAACGUCAUCCUGGCGCUCAUGGCCGUGCUGCUGGUGUUCGUGUCCACCAUCGCCAACUUCAUCACGCCCCUCAUGAAGACGCGGCUGCGCGUCACCAGCACGGCCCUCCUGGUCCUCGUCCUCUUCCUGCUCUGGAAGCACUGGGACUCCGUCAGCUACCUCCUGGAGCACGUGUUGCUGCCCAGCUGAGGGCCCACCAGCUCGCCCGGCCCCACGUUCUCCCGGCCCCGCGUUCUCCCGGCCUCGCUGGCCUCGCUUCUCCGGGAGACACCUGGGACUGCCGAGAGCCUUGGACUUCUUCAUGUGUCCAGUUUGGCUGUCUGGCCAAACUGUCCAUUCCAGCAGCUCCUGUCACUGCUUCUGUCUGACACCUUCUCCCUGUUGGCCUCGAGGAAACCAAGAAUGCAGCACUGGCAGAGAGGGAGGCAGCCCGGGUGGCCAGCGAAGCAGAGGACACGGGGACUGGAUUGUUUUGAUUAUGCAGAGUCACAGCAGAACUUCUCCCAGCUGAUGUCAGGCUGCUCUGGACCAGGAAGGCCACAGAGAAGAGCAGGACAGGGCUCUGUCUUCCCUUGCCCGGAGAGGAGCCCACCUUGCAGGUGGCCACUGCUCCCUCCAGUGCAGGUGG